AUGUCAUCAAAUAACUUAAGGAAAUUUUCUGCCAUUCGACUUUUAAAAAUACUGAGGAGGAGACAGUUGUAUUCAACAAAGUUUCAAAGUAAUACAAUAGGUAUUAUGUUUAAAUCUCAGGAGGAUAUAAAUAAAUUUUUUGAAACAAACUUUUGGAAUAGUGAAAAAGUAUUACUGGACAAUCAAUCUACUCCAAAUGGAACUAAAUCAUCAAAAGCUAUUAACCCAUCCAAUGAACUGAUUUUUAAAUUAUUGAAAUUGUCUGGAUUAUCCCAAAAGGAUGUUGAUAUAGAAGAGAUUAGAAACACACUUAAAAAGCAGAUUCAAUUCAUUAAUAUCUUGCAAAAUAUUGAAUUAACCGAAAAAGAGACUUUCUAUGAUACAAAUAACGCACGAUUAUUACCACGUGAAAAUACAUCUUUAAAAUAUGAUAAUUUAUUGGAAUUGAUUGAAAAACAAAAGGGUAGCGUACGGCCAAGUGAAAUAAGUGGUUCAUGGAAACCAACAUCCUUAGCUUCAAAAUCAAUGAAUGGUUAUUAUGUUUUAGAACAUGGACAGAUAAAAAAUAGAAAAUAA